AUGCUUCACCGCGCGCUAGCCGUCUCACUCCUCGCCGCCGCCGCUGCCAUGGUCAACGCGGCGCCAAAUUCGCCAGCGCCGUCUCCUUCGGAAUCGAAGGCGCCUGCGCCGUCCGGCACGCCGGUGGCGCCUGCUAGCAGCGUCAAGCCUGUGAGCAACGUGGGCGCCGGACAACCUAUGAUGAUCAACACUCCUUCGACCGUUCUCGAGUGCCAGCCUGUACAGUUCAGCUGGACCGGCGGUCUCGGACCGUACUACCUCGCCAUUAUCCCCGGCGACCAGCCGUUCGCUCCGCCUAUGCGUCGCUUCCCUACGCAGAAUGGGACGACGUUCACUUGGAACGCUGAUCUUCCCGCCAACACCAAAUUCAACUUGCUUCUUCGCGAUUCGACGGGUGCGCAGGCGUACUCGGCGACGGUCACUGAAGGGGAGGGGAACGAUAAGAGUUGCGAGAAGCCCAUCACCGCCGUAUCCGCCGCGAGCGGUGCAACCUAUGCGCCCGCCGCAUCCGGUGGAGUGCAGAACGGCGCCGUGAACGCAGCAGCGAACAUCACCGCCGGCGCGCAUCCCACCGCCACGGCGAGCUUGAUCGGCUCUUCGGCAACGCAGCAUGCUAAGAGCGCCGCGGUACGCGCUAUUGGAGAUAAGAUACACGGUGUUGAGCUGCUUUGGGUGUUUACUAUGGGUGUUACUGCGAUUUUGAUGCUGUAA